CUGUCUACGACGACGACGACCACGUACCACUCGACAUUGGAGCGCGUUGAGCGUAUCAGCCAUACCGGUAUUGACCGCAUUUAGCUCAUCGUCAAGGGAGAAAUCGCUUGCGCACGACGCCGACGACGUUGAUCGGCCACACUUGCAAACAUGUCCUCUCAUUCUGGAACGCCAUCCCUUACACCGUCGCCGUCCCGGUCUCCUACCCCUGCUCCUCCACCUGUGCAGCCAGACCAUUUUUACGGCUCUGAUGACGUGCAUCUACCUCCGUCACCCGACUCCAAUGGCAGAACAUGGCUUGAGCCCGACGAUGAUGAGUAUGCAAGCCGCGGAAUACCAGUAUUUAAGCCGACCAUGGAGGACUUUGAGGACUUUGAAGCAUACAUGAACAAAAUAGAGUGCUGGGGCAGGAGAAGUGGGAUUGUUAAGGUUAUACCUCCUAAGGAAUGGCGGGAUGCAUUACCACCCAUCACAGAGCAAUUAUCUCAAGUGAAGCUGAAGAACCCAAUUGAGCAGGUUAUGCUUGGUCGCGGAGGGCUCUUCCGACAGCAGAAUGUGGAGAAGCGACGCGUCAUGAGUGUCAGAGAGUGGGCGGAGCUUUGCAACAAGGACGACUAUCGCGCGCCUGGAGUCGACGAUGUUGGACUCUACCACGGCCAGAACGCGUCGUCCAAGCGCACGACGAGACGCGGUAGGGGAAGAAAGGCGGCAUCGGCAAAAGCGGAGACUGCCGAGCCGGAAGCUGAAGCGGAGGAGGUGUCGAUUAAGGAAGAACCUGAUCAAGCUGUUAAUGGGAUCGACUCACCUGCUAAGUCCCUCGCCUCGCCACCUAACAGCGAUGGAGAUGCAGCAUCUCCCCCUGCUGCGGAUGCUGUUGGCGUUGAGGAGCAAGAUAACCCGGAGCCUGAGCCCGAGGGGAAGGAGGACGCGGAAGGUGCAGCAGAAGAUGGCCUUGAAGAGAAACCCAAGGCCAAGAGACGCACAGGCCAGACCCGUGCGCAGAAGGAGGCUAAUCUUGCAGAACGGGCUGCUCAAGACGUGGCGUUCUUUGAAACUUUUGAUCCCAAUUCUGACUGGCUUCCUACGAACACAACACCUUUCGACUUCACUCCUGAAUUUUGCCAGAAGCUCGAGCGUCACUACUGGCGCAACUGUGGCCUUGGGAAGCCGGCAUGGUAUGGUGCAGAUAUGGCUGGUUCACUCUUCACGGAUGAGACGAAGUCAUGGAACGUGGCCAAACUCCCUUCUCUUCUGACUCGCCUCCUUCCGCCGUCUUCCAAGGGCUUAUUGGGUGUAAAUACCCCGUACUUAUAUUUUGGCAUGUGGCGCGCAACUUUUGCGUGGCACGUAGAAGACAUGGACCUGUUCAGUAUUAACUAUAUUCACUUUGGAGCACCCAAAUUCUGGUACGCUAUCCCUCAAGCCCGAGCUGUCUCCCUGGAGAACACCAUGCGAGGCUACUUCCCUAAAGAUACAUCUCAAUGUCCCCAAUUCCUUCGACAUAAAUCAUUCCUAGCCUCCCCUACUCUCUUAUCUCAGUCUUCGUGUCGUCCGAAUACUCUUGUUCAGCAUGCGGGAGAAUUCGUCAUCACCUACCCUCGUGGAUACCACGCCGGAUUCAACUUGGGUUUCAACUGCGCCGAGAGUGUUAACUUCGCACUUGACAGCUGGUUAGAGCUCGGCCGGAAAGCCAAAGUAUGCGAAUGCAUAAACGAUAGUGUCCGCAUCGACGUCGAUCAACUGCUGAUGGAUAGAGCAGCUGAAGCUGCCGAGACUGCCAAGACGAAACGGAAAGACCAGUCUAAGAACCCUCGCAAACGAAAAUCAGACGGUGGCCAUGACGCUCGCAAGCUCAAGAAGCCUCGAUCAUCCAAGAGUACAGCUCAGGGUGGCCCUUCCAAGGCUCAGGGCAGUGGCAACGCCUCCUCGUCGAAAGUCACGGUCGUCCUCAAGCUUGGACCAAAGCCCAAAGAGCCUACCGUUUUCCCUUGUUGCCUAUGCGUCUCUACUAGCGCAGAAGGGCUUUUACGCGUGCAAGACCCGCCGGCUGGACGGUCGGUUGAAGGUGGUCAAGCCGGUCAACCAUGGAUGGCCCAUGAGUCUUGUGCGAGCGUCAUACCGGAAACUUGGGUGGAUGAAGUGGAGGUAGACAGACUGGAUGGUACGAAGGACAAACAGAGGGUAGUCUUCGGGGUAGAUGGAAUAGUGAAGGAUAGAUGGAAUCUGAAAUGCUCGGCUUGUUCCAAAGCGCGUUACAAGGCUCAUGGGGCACCUAUCCAGUGCACAAAGGGCAGAUGCCCGAAGGCAUUCCAUGUUUCUUGUGCUCGAGAUGGGUCCGAAGCUGGUAUCGUAUAUACCUUGCUGAGAGAGGUCGAGAAGGAAGUGGUCCUCAUUGACCCCUCGAUUAACGCCCAACCGCUUCAGCAUCCCGCUGUGCCUUCGCACGUCCCAUCUUAUCCUCUCGCCGACAAGGCAUCCCACCUCAUUCAGCGACCUGAUGCAAUGCAAGUCGACAGCAGUGCAAUGCCCCAGCCGUGCGGUGCUGUAGCUCCCGUGCCUCCAAGUGAAGCUGCACCUCGCGUCCUGAAGAUCAUUAAGAAAACCGAGGUUCAAUGUUUAUGCCCGCAACACAAUCCCGAUAUUGCAGAGGCAAAGAAAGCCGCUAAGAUGGACAAGAUCCGGAAGGACCUUCUUGCGUUGCCCAACAUGUCCCGCAUUAAGAUUCGUGUCAGUGCAGGAGUCUUCGAAGUGUCCUUGGUUCGAGUUAUAGAGGAGUCAAAAUCCGUCGAGGUCCUGUGGGAUAGGGGGCUCAAGAGAGAGUUCAAGUGGGGCAGCGUUGUGUUCGGAAACACAGACGGACUGACUGUCGGUCAAAAGCCGACUGAAGCUGCUCCUGAACCGGAGAAACCCACCGCUUCGUCAUCGACACAUGUACUGUCCUUCUCGACGAAGGCCGCUGCCUCUUCGGCAGUCUCGGCUCCCUCGCAGCCACCUCAGCAACAAGCUACGGCCACAGCACCUCACCCCACUCAGCAUAGUUUCCAUUCCUAUCCGUCGCAGCAACCAGCAUAUAACUACUGGAACUAUCCCUAUGGCCGGAUGCCGCAACAAUCAAGUUACUACGCCCCUCAGGGGUAUCCUGCAUAUCCUUACUCGGGGUAUGCUCAUGGUUAUGGAGCUCAGCCUUACGGUUCCAUUCCCUAUCAGGCAUAUGAUCGUGGCUACGUGGCCCAUCCGCCUGCACCUGCCGGAGCUCCGAUUCCUCCUCCUGCGCCCUACGCAAGUCAGCGGCAGAUGUCCUUACAAUGGAAGCAGCCUUAUGUCGGCCCUCCGCGUUCUGGCGCAAACACUCCUAGCUCAGGCAAUAAUGUUGGUCCUCCGAGUCAUUCCGGGCCGCCUGCCGCAGUGCCAAGUGCUCUUCCCGCUCCGGAGGCUGCUCCAGCUCCUUCCAGUUGAUUACGAGCUGUACUCCCCCCGUCAUCUGUGCCUAUCGCUAUUCUAUCUUCCCCUUACAUGAACGUUCGUGUUAGCAUGUGUUUAUUCGCUAUCGUAGUCUUGGAAUGGUUCUUGUACAACAUUAAGUUAUACCCGUGAAUCCGGGGCGGAAGAUCAAUACAGUACUAGUAUAUACAUACGUGGUGUAAAGGUAUUGAAGACGAUAUAAUUCUCC